GCUCGUGAAUGAAAACGGCACAAGUGAGAAGCGACUUCAGUCGAACUACUCACUUCGUCAUAAAACGUUUUAUUUUAUUUAUUUUUUAUAGGAAGAAGCAACAAAAGUCAAAAAUGGCAGACAAUUUCACGGAUAACGAACCAAUUGCUUUACCGUAUAAGAUGGUUUCGCAUGAAAUCCAAAAGCAUAUGCUCGGCUGGAACAUACCCGCCGAGCAUCAGCAUUUGGUGCACGAGCAUUGGCGACAGUUUCCCGACGUCGACAAAUCCUCCCACUAUCUCCUCGCGCUCAUAUACACUAUUCUGACCAUCUCCUCUGUAACCGGCAAUGGACUUGUUAUAUGGAUAUUCAGCACAUCCAAAUCGCUCCGUACACCAAGUAACAUGUUUGUCAUCAAUCUGGCAAUAUUCGAUCUCGCGAUGAUGGGCGAGAUGCCUCACCUCAUAAUGAACUCCUUCUACCAGCGGAUGCUGGGCUACGAGCUCGGCUGCGACAUCUACGCGGUGCUGGGCUCCCUGUCUGGUAUCGGCGGCUCAAUCACCAAUGCCGUUAUAGCGUAUGAUAGAUACAAGACAAUAUCCUCGCCAAUCGAUGGCAGAAUCAACAGGGCCCAGGCGACACUACUAGUGAUAUGCACGUGGCUCUAUGCCCUUCCAUUCACAGUGUUCCCGCUCACAAAGACCUGGGGCAGAUUUGUUACUGAGGGUUUCCUAACAACAUGCUCAUUUGACUUCUUGAGCGACGACAUAAAGACUUUCGUGUUGUGCAUUGCCAUUUGGAGCUACGUCAUCCCCAUGAGCCUGAUCUGCACCUUCUAUCUCAAGUUGUUCGGUGCUGUCCGCCAUCACGAGAGAAUGCUUAAGGAGCAGGCCAAGAAGAUGAAUGUCAAGUCUCUGGCUUCGAACAAAGAAGACGCCGGCAAGAGCGUGGAGAUCAGGAUCGCGAAGGUGGCUUUCACAAUCUUCUUCCUGUUCAUCUGCUCUUGGACGCCUUACGGAAUCGUCGCCAUGAUUGGAGCUUUUGGAGACAGGUCAUUAUUAACGCCUGUGGUGACGAUGAUCCCAGCAGUAUUCUGUAAAGCAGUGUCCUGCCUCGACCCCUGGGUCUACGCUAUUAACCAUCCAAGGUUCAGAGUCGAGUUAGAAAAACGGGUGCCAUGGAUGGGAGUAAGGGAACCCGAUCCCGAUGCUCAAUCCUCCACCGGUAGCGCCGUCACCAACUCCGCAGAUGCAUAGACAAUGCACUUCUGGCCAUGGACAACGACAACCACAGAUAAUAAAAGCGACUGACAACGAC